UUGCUCUUCUCCUAUUCCCAUCAUGCCCGACAACGUCCACGUCCUGAAGCACCCGCUCAUCAACACGCGGCUAUCCCAGCUGCGCCUCACCACAACUGGACCCAAGGAGUUCCGCGAGGGGAUCCAUAACAUCAGUCUCAUGUUGGGCAUUGAGGCCACUCGUGAUCUGGAGGAGGAGCAGUUCACUGGGCAAACACCUAUCGGCUCAUUCACGGGUACAACGAUCAAGCAUCGGAUUGCGCUUGCCCCGGUCUUGCGCGCAGGCAUGGGCAUGACGGAUGCCAUGCUAAACUUGUUCCCAAAUGCGCAGGUCCACCACUUAGGUAUCUUCAGGGAAAAGACGACCCUCCAGCCUGUGGAGUAUUACUCGAAGCUGCCAUCGACUGUAACAGCCGACAUCGUGUACCUGCUGGACCCGCUGAUUGCGACAGGAGGCACAGCAUGUGCAGCGUUGCAGAUGUUACUUGAUUGGGGCGUGCCCAUCAAGCGCAUCAAACUACUUUGCAUCCUCGCGUCUCAGACUGGCUUGAAACGUGUAGCGACGGAAUCCCCCGACCUUGAGAUCUGGGUAUCCUCUGUUGACCCUGAGCUGACGAGCCGUGGUUUGAUCUCUCCCGGGUUGGGCGACACUGGUGAUCGUUUGUACAACACGCUGAAAGAUUGAAGGUCAUUAUGACAUUACCCCAUAGACAAUAAGCAUCUGAAAAGACCCACUCGCUGUAAAAACCGCAUCUGUGGUGAUGUACUUACUUAGUAGUAAUAUAUAAAUCCUCUUGCA